UUUUAUUUUUUUUGUUGAAAGGUGAUAUGGCCUUAGAUUGAAUGGCUAUUUCCCCCUAAUCGUGAUCAAAUUCCGUACAAAAAUCCCUUUUGAACCCUAAUUCAGCAAUCUUCAUCUCCUCUGCUAUUCGGUAAUUUUUCCGAUGGAUUUGCUCGGAAAUUACGCCUCCUCCGACGAAGAGGAGCACGAAGAACAGCCGCCUCCGCCGUCGCAGCUAAAACAGCCGGCGAAGCUAGCUAAAUAUGUGGAAGAAAACGACGACGAUUUUCUACCCAAAUCCGCCCCGAAACGCGGCGGAAUCUUCAAUUCUCUCCCGCCGCCCAAAUCGUCUUUCUUCAAUUCACUCCCACCGCCCAAAUCCCAAUCCUCCCCUAACCCUAAGCCCCAAUCGGGAGCAGAAGAUCGAGUUGAUGCAGAAGAAAUCACGGAAAAUCUGAAACCGAAGUCGUCGUUAUUCUCGUCUCUUCCUCGUCCCAAGUCGUCGUCGGCGGCGGCGGCCGCUUCCUCCGCGGCUAAGAAGGUUGUUCAAUUCAAGCCGCCAAUGAUUACGAACCCGUAUUCUCGUAGUCUUGAUGAGGAUGAGGAUGAUGAUGACGAUAAGGGUGAAGAAGAGAGAAAAAGGAAGAGAUCGAGAGAGAAGAUAUCAACCACCUCCGCGACGUCGUUUUUGUCAAGUAUCCCGGCGCCCAAGCACUCAGCUACGUUGGGCGCUAUGCCUUCUGCUUCGGGUAUGGGCCGGCGAUCGAUGCUCGAAACUAGCUCUCCGGCAUCCAAUGUAAGUACAGGAAGUGAUGCCGAUGCGUAUCCUAGUGUGGGAUACUCGAAUAAUCAGUCGGAUGAUGCGAAUUAUGCUAAUUAUAGUGAUAAUGGCGCUGCUUCUAAUCCAGAUUCAACAAACUAUGGAGUUUAUGAUCAUUCAACUAGUUUAGGUGGUGAAAGCUAUGCUUAUUAUGCUGCAUAUGGUGGUGCUUCGACCGAUGUUAGUACAGCUGGAAUUGAUGCUGGUAUAAACCCUAACGCAGGAUCAUACGAAGGUGUUGAUAGUUCAUACGCCCAAGGGCAUCAAGUAGAUUACUCGAAUUAUGGUGGUGAUUAUGUCAAUAAUAAUCUGCAGUAUGAGAAUAACUGGGGAAAUUCGACCUCAUUGCCUGAGGCGUUGGGGGUGGUUGAGGAUGCAUUCCAAGUGCUUGGGAAGAGGGGCAGGAAAGAUAUUCCACCAGAGAUAAUUGAGGUGAAACAGGAUGAGUUGAUGAAAAAUCGGCCGAGGGAGGAUCAGGUUAAAAUGACUGGGAUUGCAUUUGGUCCUGCAUAUCAGCCUGCAUCUACCAAAGGUAAGCCGACAAAGCUGCACAAGCGGAAGCAUCAGAUCGGCUCGUUGUACUUCGACAUGAAGCAGAAGGAGACGGAGCUUGCGGAGAGGCGCUCGAGAGGUUUCCUCACCAAAGCUCAAACACAAGGAAAAUAUGGAUGGUGAGAUCACAUCCUUGUAUUCUGUUCUGAUUAUAUAGUCACACCAGUUUAAGGUGGAUUGAUUGCUUUACUUUUCUCGGUUCUCCCAACCUGCCUUCAAAUGUUAAAUCGACCUUUGUUGUAUCGAAUUUGCAUUAAUAGAACAAAAUUUAUGUUUGAUUC